AUUAGACAAACGAUGCGCAUCAAAGCAUGAAUAUAAUCAUUCAAGAUGAUGACUUUAGUUUCCAACACAAAAGAGCUUAGGCCGUAUAUACGCAGUAUUAUUCUAGGUUCGAUUCCAGCUCAGUGCUGUGCAACUACGAAGCUAGGAGAUCAUUAGAAAAGAAGGGUUCACACAAGAGGAUAGUCUUGUUUUAUGGCUUCACUGUAAUUUGCAAUUAACCACACGCAAAAGUGAACAUCAAAGGUUUAGGUGAGUCUAUAAUGCUUCAUUGGGAAGUAAUUUAAAGAGGCAUGUCAUAAAAAGGAGAUAAAAUUUCCCCUCAAAGAAAAGCAAACUCACAUACCACUAUAACAAGAGGAUACAUAGAAAUGUUACCAAAUGGAGAAGAUGAUUCGGAUCUCAUGCGUCUGGUGAAGGAGCUUCAAGCUUCUCUAAUGAAGAAUGAUAAGCUGGAGAAGGAAAACCACGAGCUGCGUCAAGAAGUCGCUCGCCUAAGAACACAAGUAAGCAAUCUUAAAGCACAUGACAAUGAGAGAAAAUCAAUGUUAUGGAAGAAGUUGCAGAGCUCAUAUGAUGGCGGCAAUACAGACGGAUCUAACCUGAAAGCCUCAGAGAGUCUCAAAUCCAACACAAAGGGUCAAGAGGUCAGGAAUCCAAAUCCCAAGCCAAUGGUCCAAGCACAGUCUACAGCAAUAAAGCCACCACCACCUCCACCACUUCCAUCAAAGACAACACUUGGAAAAAGAUCUGUACGGCGUGCUCCAGAAGUUGUAGAGUUUUAUCGUGCCCUGACGAAGAGAGAGUCUCAUAUGGGGAACAAGAUCAAUCAGAAUGGAGCUAUGUCUCCUGCAUUCAGCAAAAACAUGAUUGGUGAAAUCGAGAAUCGCUCCAAAUAUCUUUCAGAUAUUAAAUCUGACACUGACAGACACAGAGAUCAUAUCCAUAUCUUGAUAAGUAAGGUGGAGGCCGCAACAUUUACAGACAUAGCAGAAGUGGAGACAUUUGUGAAAUGGAUAGACGAAGAACUAUCUUCUUUAGUUGAUGAAAGGGCAGUCCUAAAGCAUUUCCCUAAAUGGCCAGAACGCAAAGCAGAUUCACUAAGAGAGGCUGCUUGCAAUUACAAAAGACUAAAGAGCCUUGAAUCAGAUAUUUUGUCAUUCAAGGACAAUCCAAAGGAUUCUCUGACGCAGGCUUUGCAAAGGAUUCAAUCGUUACAAGACAGGUUAGAGGAAAGUGUUAAUAACACAGAGAAGAUGAGAGACAGUACAGGGAAGAGAUACAAGGACUUUCAGAUACCGUGGGAGUGGAUGCUCGACACAGGAUUGAUUGGACAGCUAAAAUACAGCUCGCUGAGGCUAGCUCAGGAGUACAUGAAGCGAAUAACCAACGAACUGCAAUCAAACGGAAGCGCUAAAGAAGGAAUUCUUAUGCUUCAAGGGGUUCGAUUUGCCUACACAAUACACCAGUUUGCUGGAGGUUUUGACGGAGAGACAUUACGCGUAUUUAAUGAGCUAAAGAAGAUCACUACUACUACUACUACUACUACUACUACUACAAGUGAACACAGAAGAUAAAAAAAGGAUGUAAACAAAACUGUUGACACAUCUCUGAUAAAAAAAAAAAAAUCUAGCUUUGUUAUGAAUUUGAGUAUAAAAGACUUGUGUGGUGGUGUGCAAAUGACUAAGAGAAGGGAACCAUGUUGUAAUCUAUAGCUUUUGAGAUUACGCAUUAGAUAUGUAUGUAAGUAGUAGGAGGACUAAAUUAUUUGAUAUGCCUAAGUAUAUCUUGUUUAUCCUAUAGUUUUCCAAUGCAACUAGCAAAAACACAAAGCCCAUUCUCAA